GUUUGUGACUUUGCUAAACAGACAGACUGCAUGAACACUUUUUGGUAGAGACAGCGUGACAAAGGCAUUGAUUUUUCUUUUUAAAAAAAUGAUCCAAAACAUCUAGAUUCAAUUUGUAAUGCAUGUGCAUCUGUGACAGCAUAGCUCUAUGCGGAGAGCUCUUCUGUUGAUCCAAAUUUCUGAUGUUCAUAUAAUUGGCACUUACACCAGACUGUUCACAUAUUUGCACUUACAAUAGAAAUAUGUUCUGAAUUAAUCAAAAAGCCAAUUCAAUCUCUUAGGAGGCUUCAGAAUCCUCUAGAAAAGGAAUGGCAGCGGACAAAGGUGAUCAGCUGUCCAAAGCUGUCCAAGAAGGCUCCAUUGAGAAAGUCCAGGAGCUGUUGGAAGAAGGCAUAGAUAUAAAUUUUAAGAUGAAUUUCGGCUGGACAGCCCUCCUCAGUGCCGUACAGGGAGACAAGGAGGAUCUGGUCCACUUUCUGCUUGACAACGGGGCUGAUCCCUGCACUAAGAAGGACAAUGGUGCUACCCCUUUCAUUGUAGCAGGGAUAACAGGCAACGUGACGCUUUUGGAGCUGUUUCUUUCAAAGGGGUCAGAUAUCGACGAGCAUGAUGAUAAUGGUUUCACGGCAUUCAUGGAAGCUGCAUGGUAUGGGAACGAAAGAGCCCUGAGGUUCUUGCAUCACAGAGGGGCAGAUGUAAAUUUGAGGAGAAUAGUGGAUGAGGAAAAAAGGGCUUUGAAUGCAGGGGGCGCAACAGCUCUGAUGGAUGCAGCUAAGAAAGGUCAUUUCGUCAUUGUCCAAGCCCUUGUGGAAGAAAUGAAGGCUGAUGUGAACAUCUGUGAUAAUCAAGACAGGAAUGCUUUAAUUCAUGCUCUGUCAGUGAGUCCAGUUCAGCCCUGGAGCGAUGCCAAAGAGGCAGCAGCCCUUUUCCUCUUAAAAAAAGGGAUUGAUACAACCAAGAGAGAUGAAGGUGGGAAGACCACUCUCAUUCUGGCAGUAGAACAUCAGAGCCAAGAGCUGGUUAAGGUUAUACUGGAAAAAGAUGAAGUGGACAUCGACGAUGCUGAUAAAAACAGCCAAACGGCACUGAUGGUAGCGGUGGAGAAAAGAAACAGCAACAUAGCAAGGAUGCUGUGUGAGAAAAGCGCCAGGACAGACAUCGGGAAUCUCAUGGAGAUUGCCAAUAGGACUUACAACAAUGACAUGAGAAAACUGCUUUGCCAAUAUGGUGCCACAGCUAAGUUAAGCUGGUCUGGUUCAAACCAGAUGCAAUGGAUAUCUUCCAGCAGGCGAUGGGGAUUGAAAUUCCAGGUCCUCUGUGGAAUGUAUCGUCCUAUGAUUGGGAAGCUUAAGAUCUUCAUGUGCAGAAAUUUCAAGAUUCAGAGAACCUCCCAAGGUGGUGUCUACGUUGGAUUCUAUGAUGGAGAAGAGGUGGCUGUGAAGGUUUUCCACAUAAGUGCAAAAACUGCAGAUAAAGAGAGGACAUGCCUUGAAAAAUGUCGUAGCAGCAACCACUUGGUGAAAUACUAUGGGUCAGAAGAACGGAAGACCUGUCUCUAUUUAUGCUUCGCUCCGUACGAGGAGAACCUAGAGGAAUACUUCGGGAGGGCAGGGAAUAUAGAUGUGAAGAGCAAAUACAUUCUGAAAACAAUAUUUCAGGCAGUGCAGGAGCUACAUGCAUUUGGGUUUGGCCACCAAGAUCUACACCCAAGCAACAUUUUGAUUGAUGUUGCUGGCAAGGUUUUCCUAGCAGAUUUUGAUAAGAGCAAAAAAUUAAUUAGCAGUGAUGCUGAGAAAAAUCUUAUAAUCACAGAAGACCUGCAGGCUCUCGAAAGGCUUGUCUUAUACAUUGCCAUGAGGGGCCGGAUGCGUUUUGAAGAUUUGCCCACCAAGUGUCCAACCGAUAUAGCCAACCAUAUUGAGAUUGAAGAUCUCAGAGCAAGUCUGAAAUCUCCUGAGGAAAAAACACCAGUGAGUGACCGUCUAGAGCACUUGAUUCAGCAUCCUUAUUUCUGGAGCAAUCAGACGAAAUACAGGUUUUUAAGAGAUGUUGGGAAUGACACACGCAACGCUGAACAGAAUAAGGCUUUGAAUGGUGACGAGACCCAUUUCAAAGACUGGAUGGAAAAGAUAGACAAGGAAGUUCUGGACUGUAUAGUCUAUCAUCCCCUCAGUAAGAAAAAAUAUAAAAACAAUGUGACCGAUUUACUGAGGCUAAUCAGGAACCUUGGGGAACACCUCCAUGAGCAGAGUAAUCAGGUGAAGAAGAUAUUGGAGAAGCCUGAAGAAUAUUUUCUGGACCGCUUUCCAGAAUUGACCAUGCAUGUGUACCGGACUUUGUGCAAUCUAUCAGAUUCCAAACAUUUUCCAAACAACCAGGCUCUUUCUCACCUGUAACUGGGCCAGUGAAAAAUCAGUUCCUUCAGGUGACAUUCUCUCACUUGCUUCCAUUUCUCAAAAGUGCCCAAACAAAUCAUACAGAAGGGACUAAAAAAAGAAUUAAAAAUCCCCACAGAUGAUCCAACUUCUCUAGUCCUAUAUCUGAGAACAAAUAGAUCAGAUCUGUUUCAGACUGAGGGCAAAAAUUCUGAAAAAUAAAUAAUACUUGAAAAGGUGACAUAGUCUAGAAUUCUGGGGUUCACUCCAUAUAAAUACACUGAAUACAUAGAGCUUCAGUUGCUUCUCUCCCUUAAUCCUGGCGAUAGGGAGUCCUAAAUAAAGUUAAAAACAUUCAAUAAGGAUGUGUCAUUCUGGCAAAAAGAGCAUUCUUUGGAAUAUGUGGAUAUUGGUGGUUUCAAACCAAGGUUUUCUCCAUCACUCUUUCCUAGCAAACAUCUUCCAUUAUGCUCUGAUUGCUUGACUUUGGAUCUUUUAAGAAAUAAAAGAGUAAUAGUAGCGCUUCUUGCUGGGAAGUUAGCUACAUACCAGUUUCCUCUUAGCUGUAAAAGGAAACUGUUAUCCUACAAUAAUGCAUUUGAAUUUCAGGCAGUAUUAAAAGCAAAAGUGCAGAUUCCAACGUAGGGGUUUUUAAAAUGAUACAGCUGCACUGGUCGCUGGGAACUCAUUAGGUUAUCAUGAUCAUAUCACGACAGCUCUUCCAACUUAUCAAACACUUGAGAGCAUCUGUCUCCAUUCCUGGUGAAAAUGGAGAAAAAUCUGCCAUAUCACCCACUGAAUUGUGCACAGUUUGGAAACCAUUUGUAUUGCCUGGGUCUUUCUGUCCAUCACAAUUCCCUUUCUGAUAGGUCACCUUGAGCAGUUUCUUAUAGAGGUGGCAUAAACAAAUAGGAGAGGAAGAUGCUAAAUUGACAGAAGUAUAAAGCCCUGCAUAGCAAUACAGUUUGCCAGGUAAAGUGCACUCAAGAUGGCCAACUUUCUGAUAAAAUCCCCUCCGCAACAGAGUUGUGUUCUGGCCCCAACAUUUUUAACUUUUUCCUUAAUGACUUGGCCCCUGCAUGCAAGCAAUUGGAUUCCCAUGGUCCUACCUUGAAGAACCAGAGUAUCCCUGUUCUGCUUUAUGUGGAUGACACUAUCUUGUUAUCCCACAUAAAGCUUUUUGACCAAUGUGCUGAAUAUUGCAGUAACAGUGGCCUCAAUAUUGUACAAAGUCUAAAAUUCUGGUAUUUUCUGAUUAUUGGCAGCCUACUAGGUAGUCUCUUAAUGGUGAAUCAAUUGAGCAGGUUAAGCUCUUUAAAUAUCUGGACCUGCAUUUUCACCAUAGGGCAGGUUGGUCCUCUCACAGGAAUAGGGUCAUUGCAACCAGAAAAAUCACCAUUAAGGCCAUGCUACUCUUUUUCUUCAACAAGGGCCAUGGAUUCCUUCCUGUUGCACUGCAGGUUUUCAGCGCAAAGGCAUCCAUUUAACUCUUAUAUGGUGUCCCUCUUUGGAUCCAUUCCUGGAAUAGGGACACUGAACGGAUCCAAUCUACUAUCCUUUAUAAAAUCUUUGGCCUGCCCCAUUCAGUACCCUAUGCAACUCUCUGUUUGGAGGCAGGUCAACACCUCCUUGAGGCCAGAGCCAGGGCCUGGAGUAUAACUUUCAAAUACUGGGUAAAACUUUGCUUUAGACAUGAUGAUAAGAGCUUUAUCUUGCUUUCUUUAUCCACCAAUCAUCUAUUCUAGUUAGAAACUAUUUUGCCUUAUAUGGAGCAACCAAUCAGUUUUAGCCUCAGCUUUCUAGAUGGUAGAGAAAAAUGUAUGGAAUGUCUUUGUUCUUUCUCUCUUGGGACACACAAUGUUUAUUUGGGUGUCUCUGCUUAUUAUUGCAAUAAAAGCUACUUUAUGAGACCAA